AUGGCCUCCUCCUCCUCGUCCUCCUCGUCCCACCGAGGAGAACGGCCGCCGGCGCCGGAGGAGGCGACGAGGGACUGGGCGGAGCUGCCGCGGGACGCGCUGCUCACCGUGCUCCUCAGGCUGGGCCACUUGGACAUCCUCAUGGGGGCGGCGCAGGUGUGCGGGCCCUGGGCGCGGGCAGCGCGGGAGGAGCCCCAGCUAUGGCGCCGCGUCGACCUGCGCCUCCACGGCCGCCGCCCCAUCUUCCCCUACAGCAUCAACAGCAUGGCGCGCGAGGCCGUCAAGCGCGGCGCGGGGCAGUGCCAGGCCUUCUGGGCCGAGGGCGACCUCGACGACAGCGUCAUCUUCCUCCUCAGCGAUACAUCGGCGCUUUCACUGAAGAGCCUCCGUCUCAUCUCUUGCGAUAGCAUCUGCGACACGUCUCUAGCGUUAACGAUAACAAAAUUCACUCUCCUAGAGGAGCUAGAGGUCUCAAACUACCUCAUGGACUUCUCCAAGACGUGCGCGGCCGCCGGCAAGGCCUGCCCGCUGCUGAAGCGUCUCCGGCUGAGCAGCGGGCGAUUCGAAGACUGCCGAGUUUCCGGGGAUGUGGAGGCGGCUGCGAUUGCCACAACGAUGCCUGAGCUGCGCUCGCUGCAGCUCUUCGCGAAACGCAUCAGCAACGGUGGCCUAGCGGCAAUCCUCGAGGGCUGCCCACUCCUAGAGUCGCUCGACAUCCGCCACUGCUUCAACAUCGUGAUGAACGACGAGCUGCACGCGAGGUGCUCCCGGGUCCACACGCUCAGGCGUCCCCACGACAGCGGCGGACCUAGGAUUUUCGGAAAAAUAAAUUUAGCUCAUGUUUAAGGAA